AUGGACGGACUAUCACACACGCAAACACGAGACCCUAUGCUCAAAAAUGCCGCGGGGUUUUCCAAGGAGGAUGAAAUAGUCUCGCCAGUCUCCGGGUCGAGAAGGACGGCCUACGACAUCGAUGGCAUCGUCGAAAUGGACGAAGAUGUCGAGGCACGUGAGGUAUCGAAAUGGAAGAUGGCAAGCUUUGGGCGAAGAGGAAGAAACCAGAGAAGUAAUAGUACUACGGGAUUCAAGGUUUACAAGAGACGAUGGAUAGGCCUGGCGCAAAUCGUGCUGCUGAAUAUUGUUGCGAGUUGGGAUUGGUUAACAUUCGCGCCCAUCUCUUCAGACGCGGCAAUCUAUUUGGGUGUCACGGAAACGGACAUCAACUGGCUAUCCACCGCCUUCCUCUUCGCCUUUGCUGUAACAUGUCCUGUGACAAUCUAUCUCCUACAUCGAGGUCCCAAACCCUCUCUUAUUGCUGGUUCAGUGCUCAUUUUACUGGGAAACUGGAUUCGAUAUGCAGGUACCCAGAUUGAAGGAGGGAAAUUCUCCGUCGUCAUGGUGGGCCAGAUUCUAUGCGGAUUGUCACAGCCUUUUGUACUAGCUGCGCCGACGAGAUACAGUGAUUUGUGGUUCACGACAAAGGGACGUAUAGGAGCGACGGCAGUGGCCAGUAUGGCAAGCCCAGUCGGGGGUGCUGUCGCAUCCCUCGUCAAUCCUGCCCUAGGUGAUACCGACCAAGUAGUCCUCAUCGUAGCCAUCAUCGCAACAGCCGCCUGUCUCCCCUCGGCCUUCAUCCCAGCAAGUCCCCCAACCCCACCUGCCGCCUCAUCCACAAUCUCAAAAACCCCUGUCCUCACCUCCCUCCGUGUAAUGUUCCGCUCGCCACCCUUCUACCUCGCCUUCAUCACAUUCAGCGCCUAUGUCGGCCUCUUCAACGCCUUCUCCUCGCUGCUGAACCAAAUCUUCUACCCUUAUGGGUACACGGAAGAUGAAGCUGGUCUCUGCGGCGCAGUAUUCAUCAUUGUCGGCCUCGUCGCCUGCGCAAUUAUUAGUCCCAUCAUCGACCGCACGCACGCCUAUCUCUUCGGCGUCAAGCUCUUCGUACCUGUCAUUGUAGCCGCAUACAUUGCCAUUAUUUUCGCCCCGCAAACACGCACAAUCGUAAUGCCAUAUGUAUUCAGCGGCCUAUUAGGCGCCGCCUCCUUUUCCUUACUACCUGUGGCCCUUGAAUACUUGGUCGAAAUCACUUUCCCAGCUAGUCCAGAAAUCAGCUCUACCAUCUGCUGGCUAGGCGGGCAGGUCCUGGGUGGCAUCUUUAUCCUCAUCAUGGAUGCGCUCAAGGACGGCAGACCUGUGGAUUUGGAAGCAGUGCGGGAUGCGGGGAGGAAUAAUGCGACGGGUGGUGAUAAGCCGCCUGGACACAUGUUGUGGGGCUUGGUCUUUCAGGGGGCGGUUGCGCUUGCUGUUUUGCCCCUGCCUAUGGCGUUGGGGGUUAGGAGGUUGGGUAUGCAGACUACAGAGGGCAGGUUGAAUAAAGAUAGGACUGCGGAGGGGGUUUUGGUGGGGCAGGUGCCGGAUAGGGAUUUGGAACGUUGA